AAUAAACCUCUGCGAAGGUGAUUUCUUGAACGGCCGCCCACAGGACGCGAAGAAAGAGGAUGAUGGAAAAUGAUGGGGAGUGUUUCGAUAGUGGAAGAAAUCCCGGAAAGGAUGGAGAAUACACGGGUGUUGUUCAGCGAGAUAGGACCCAGAGUGAAAGAGGAAAAUGCUGUUGGGUAUGUUUUGCAACAGAAGAAGACGAACCAGAUGCCAAGUGGAUAAAUCCAUGUUUGUGUCGGGGAUCAGCCAGAUGGGUUCAUGUUGUUUGCUUGCAAAGGUGGAUUGAUGAGAAGCAAGCAAAUAAUCCCACAGUGCGUGUUUUCUGUCCCCAGUGCAACACUGAAUAUCGUAUUAAAUACCCUUCAUUUGGUCCUGUCCUUAUAAUUAUUGACUACGGGGACAAACUUCUCAAUAAGGUUUGCCCUGCUUUGGCUGGUGGCAUUGUCCUUGGCUCUCUAUAUUGGUCAGCAGUUACAUAUGGAGCAAUAACAGUUAUGCAGACUGUGGGCCAUAAGACUGCUUUUGAAAUGAUGGAGAAAGAAGAUCCCUUGUUUCUUUUAGCUUUUUUACCAGUUAUACCUUUUGGCCUUAUCCUUGGUCGCAUGGUGAAAUGGGAUGAUUAUUUACUACAGCUUUGGAGAAAACACUCACCAAAGCUUUCAUCGUGGAUUGGAAUAAAGGAGCCAGAAGGGAGUGUUGAGGAUUCUGCAAGAGUGCCAGUUGAAGGUGGAAAUGGCAUGGAUUUUGUUUAUUCUACAAGAGUGUUGUGUGGUGCACUUCUGCUUCCCACAUUUGCAUCAGCAUUUGGAAAUUAUUGCUUCAAGAGUGUACACAGUGCAUUCAAAAGAACAUUAUUGGGUGGUUUGGUGUUUGUGGCUGUAAAGGGUGUCAUACGUAUGUAUUUCAAGCAGCAGCAAUACUUGAGGUUGUGUCGAAGAACUAUCGAGGAGUACCCUCAGAAUUCAUCUGCACUAUAAUGGAACCUACAAAGGAACCACUAAAGAUGCUUAUUAGCUCAAGGGUGAUGGUCAAAUAUAAUGUAUUAGGUCAAGUGUUAUUGGCAUGUUUCCACUCAGUUUUGCUUUUCGCUUGCUUAAGUUUUACAGCAUUUCACAGAAAGCAGGAUUGCAAAAUUAGGUAGAGUGAGAAGCUGUUAAUCAAACUGGCUGUAAUAAAGUAAUGCUUCUGUCUGUUACUUGCAAUGUGCACAAUGUUACAGCUUUUAGCAAAGUAUUUAGAAGGUUUAGCAAAUAUUUUUGUUGAUCAGGGGCAAAUUCUCUUAUCAAAAUUGUUACCUCCUUUUUAUAGCUGUUGGUAAUCCAAAUUUUCCAUCUGAGAAUUCUGUAUGAAUAUUAAACACUAUUAUAUUUACAUUUAUUGCCAAAACUUCCCACAUCUUUUCAAAAAUAGUUUUCAUUAAAAUCAAGUUUAUCAUCUCCUGGAGCUUGCAUGGGUGCCUGCUCAAUGAGGGCCAAAGGGGCAGUUGAUAAAAUCCCCCUCCCCUUUUGAACUUAAACAAUUUUCCUUUUUUUGAAAUCUUUGGCUGCUAUGCCCCUUUGCCCACCUUGAUUGCAGUCAUCCCUGGAUGUUUACACUGUAUACGAUUUAAGUAACCAAUUCAAGUUAGCAUCUGGUUGUUGUAAUGGAGUUCUUAUAACUACAAAGAAUUUCCAGUUGGAUAGUAUUGUCGAUUUUGACACGUGCCCCAACAGGCCUGCACCUGAGGUGUAUAUGCACAAAAACCAAAAACACCCCACUCAGGUGUACCAGCACUAUCAAAUUUCAAUUCCAUAAACGAAGUUUUCAGAUGUGCCCUCAGCUCUACACAUUGCAUCUUUGGUAUGCCAUUGCCAUGCUCUGCAUACUGGGAAAAUUUGUAAUGAGUGAAUAGCCCCAGCUUGCGGUAUUGAUCGAGAAGUCCACGUGGAAAUGAGACUUUGGCAACACAAACCAAUAUUGAUGCGAAGAUUUUAAUUUCAUUCAGUUUAGAUUUAGUUUUCCAAACCGUUGUGAUUUAUUUAAUUAAUUACUUAUCCUCUUGAAAAUGUUCGUUUUAGAUAUUGUAAACUUGUUUGCUUCUUAUGUUUCAUUAGUCUUUAUAUAUAAUUAAUUUGAUUUUUUUAUUUUUGAUUGGUUCGUUCACAUAAUGCCGCAAAAUAGUAUGACAAAAUAUCGCAAACUA